AUGUAUAGUGUGAGAGAUGCCAUAGCUAUGCACAGAGAGACACAUCACGAGACUCAAUUUAAUCAUUCUAAUGCACUUAUAAAUGCAUAUAUUGAGCUUGAUAUGUCUGCAGACAAAAAGAAUCGUUAUAUUGACAAUUUUUCCAAUGUAAUUCAACUGCCAUAUCAUUUUGAAAAUGAACAACAAAGAACAGUUUUGGCCAUAUCUCGUAAUGAAGAAGUGAUUGAGCAAGCUUGGCAGAUGGGAGUAACACUUGCAGCUGGACUUGAUGUUGUUAAGCAAGUGCAGAGUGGGGAGGUAAGCUUUCAGGAUAUCAGCACUUUAUUGCUGAAAAAGACACUUUGCCAGACCUGGUACCCAUUCGUGGGCUUAUGAAGAGACGAUUCCCAAGUGUUAUGAAUG